AUGUCGUUCACGGUUUGGAAACAAGUUUGGCGGCCUCUGUUCAAAUCACUUCAACGGCAACCGAUGAGAAGUAUUCAACAUGGUGUUAAAAUUACUGAACAAUGCUCGAAUCCGGCUUCUCGCGGUCUGGUGCUAGGCGUGUACGCGGAUGAAGACGAUCGGCUGGACAUCGGAGUUCUCACGCCAACGGCGGCCAAGUACAAUGAGUCUUAUACGAGCGGAAAAUUGCUGGAGCUGCUUCGCCUGGCCGGUCCGAUGCCGCGCCGCGGUGAAGUUAGAAUUUUCUACAACCUCGAGCCAACCUACUCGGCCGUCGCAGUCUGUGGACUCGGGAGCAUGUGUCUCGGGUACGAUGAUGUGGAAAAGUUAGACAUCUCCAAGGAGGCAAUCCGCACCGCGGCUUCCCGUGGUGCCAUGGAGUUGCAGAAUUUGGAAACGAGCCGAAUCUAUGUGGAAGACUUUGGCCACGCGGAAUCGGCCGCGGAAGGAGCCCACAUGGGACUGUGGGUCAAUCAGGAGUUGCGCAGCGUGGACCAGCGCAAAUUUGUGCCCCAGCUGCAGCUGUACUACGAACCGGAGAUACCGUGCGACGCGAACGGUUGGCGCAUCGGAAUGGCGAAGGCCGAAGCACAAAAUCUGGCCCGCCAGCUACAGGAAACUCCCUCGAAUCACAUGACGCCAACCACGUUUGCACAGAACGUGGUGCAGAUUUUGUGCAAUUCUGGGGUCAACGUGGAGGUGAAGGUUCGCGGAUGGGCGGAGGAUCAACAGAUGACCUCGUUUCUGACGGUGGCCAAGGGUUCGUGUGAACCGCCGAUUUUCCUCGAGCUUAGCUACUACGGUACCGACACGAAACUGGCGCCCAUCGUACUGAUUGGCCAGGGCAACACUUUCGACAGUGGUGGCCUGUGCUUGAAGCCGCUCGAGGCCCUGACGGACAUGCGUGGCGACAUGUCGGGGGCGGCGUGUGUGGUUGCCGCAGUUCGGGCGAUCGCCGCCCUUAAGCUACCGGUCAAUAUUCGGGCCCUCAUUCCACUGUGUGAAAACAUGAUCGGAUGUGACGCGAUGAAACCGGGCGAUGUCAUAACGGUCAGGAAUGGCAAAAGCGUCGAGGUGGUGAAAACGAGCAACGAGGCGCCGCUGGUGCUGAUCGAUGCGCUUCUGUACGCGGAACACUUUGGACCGAGGUACAUCGUGUCGACGUCGACCAUCUCGAAGUCGGUGCUGGAAUCGUUCGGCAGGGUAUGCUGCGCUGUGUUCACGAAUUCCGACGACCUGUGGCAGCGAAUGCAGAACGCCAGCAUCCACACGGGCGAUCGCGUUUGGCGGUUACCGCUGUGGGAUUACUUUACGCAGCAGCUCUGCUCGGUGGAGCACGUGGACGUGCAGAACAUCGGAAGUGGCGACGGGGCCAAUAGCUGCAAGGCGGCGGCCUUCCUGCGCGAAUUUCUUCCCUGCGGCCAAUGGAUUCAUAUCGAUGCGCUGAACGUGAUGAAAACGAAGGGAUCCGACUUUUCAUACAUUCGACGGGGUAUGACCGGACGGCCCACACGCACGCUUAUUGAGUUCAUUGCCCAGAGCGUGGUGUCGCGUUCCGAUUGCGGGAACAGCAAGUCGGCAAAGAUAACCCAACAAUCGUAUUAA